GGAGCUCGAAAAAAAUAGAAGUGAUCCAGCUUUCAUGGGACUGUCUGCAUUUCUAGUGAAGGUUGAUUUGAGUCAUUUGACUUUGGAACCAAAAGAGAGUUCCUUAGGUACGAAGUAUUCAUAGCCCCUUUCCUGACUCCGAAGCAAUAACUUUAGAUACAAACAAGAAAUCCUUUCGUUAGCGCGUUACAUCAUCGAUUUUCCAUUCCCAAUUAAACCCCGCGUUGAUUCCGUAUCUGUUUCGAUGGAACAGUUGUUCAUAUAAAUGGCUAUAAAUAAGAUAUGAUGCAUACAUCCUCAGUAAGAUUCAUAAAGACGGUGGAAACCCCAACAAAGAUUGAUUAUCGAGAUAACUUGGAUAUAAGGUUUAAGUUCGAGAUGGAUCAGACAUCUGAGCAUGUUGUCAAGGAAGAGCUUCAUUUGAAAACUGAGUGCAAGAUGAAGGGGACGAAUGAAGGAAAAGGAGAGAAGGUCGCGGAAGUGGUAGAUUUGAAGAUUAAAUCGGUUGAGAAAGAGAAGCCAAAACAUAAGGAAGAUAAUGAUGACCAAUGCAAGGAGAAAGAUAAAAAGAUAUCUAAUGGAUCAGAUAAUGAGGGUGAAGCGAAGAAGAAGAAGAAUGUUGAUGAGGAUGAAGGAAAGAAAAAGGAGGAUGUGAAAGACAAGGAGGUAGGCAAGCACGAUGAGAACACAGAGUCUGAGGGAAAGGGAAAGAAGAAAAAAGAGAAGGAAGACAAAGAGAAAAAGGAGUCGGAGGAGCAAGAUAAGAAUGCUGACGUGAAAGAUAAAAAGAAGAAAGACAAGAAGAAGGAUGGUGCUGCUGCACAGUCAGAGGAAGGGGAAAAAGAGCCAGAAAAGAAGAAGAAAGAUAAAUGUGCCAAAUCUGAUGAUAUAAAGCAGGAGGGGGAGGAUAAGAAGAAAAAAGAAAAGAAGAAGAAAGAAAAGGAAGACGAUGAAGAAGGAACCCCGAAGAAAGACAAGAAAGAGAAGAAGGAAAAGGAAAAGAAAGUUAAGGAUAAAGUGGUAGAAGAAGAUGAUGAGAAUGACAAAGAUAAGAAGAAAGAUGAGGCUGAUGGUAAAAAAUGUGAUGCUGAUGUUGCAUCAAGGGAGAUUGAAAGAGAUGAAAAUGCUACAGAAGUAAAGGGGGGGAAAAUUGGUAAGAAGGAAACAAAGGCAGUCAAGGACAAGAAAGAUAAGGGAGAUAAAAAGAAACCCGAUGCAAAAUACAAGGAUCUUGACAAGCUAAAACUUAAACUAGACAAGAUGAACACUAAAAUUGAAGCUCUACUAGAGAAAAAAGUAGAAAUAAUGAGGCUGAUAAAGGAAAAGGAGGACAGCCAUGGAGUUGUUAAGGAGCCCACAGAGACCAAUGCAGCUGCAACAGAAGUAGCAUAGAGCUUCUUAGUUUACAAGUUUGUUCACCUUUUCCAUUUUCUCCCUUUAUGUUUUCUGUUUAUGGAUGGUACGAAAUAUGCAUGUUGCAAUGUAUAUAAGCUUAUCAUCGUGAUAAAUAAAAUCGUCACCCUUAAAAUAUCA